AAAAGAUGCCUCGUCAGCACACAGUCUUCUUUGCUCCAACUGUAAACCGAUAGAAACGGUGGGUACUCAAGAUUCCCCUCCCAAACUUCCAUUUUACAUAUAAAAACCUCUCCCUCACCUUCUCUUUAAAUUAUACACAACUUUCUAUAUCUUGCUCCGUUUUCCACAUAUUUGUUUGAAGAAUUGUAUCAAUAAUUCUCCGAUGGUUCAAUCCCUAGCCCUACCUGCCGGAAUCUCCUUCUCUUUUGCUCUUCAGAAUACUUCUACUUCCGCCGCCGGCUUCUCCGACCGCCGUGUCUCAUUUCUCCGAAGGAAUACACGCAGAGCAUCGAUAUAUGCUGCCGCCGUUGCGGAGGCUCCACCGGUAUUGAAGAGGAGAACACCAGCGAGUCUUUACGAGGUGCUAAGAGUAAAAGAAAAUGCAUCAGCGAAAGAGAUUAAGGCAGCUUACCGGAAUUUGGCUAAGCUAUACCAUCCCGACGCUGCUUCUCGGCCGGAGGAAUCUUCCGACGACCGGCAUUUCAUUGAGAUACACGACGCUUAUGUGACGCUAUCCGACCCUGUGUCUCGGGCUCUAUACGACGUGAAAUUAAGCGCGGUCUUCCCUCGUCGAGGUUUUGGGAGCUCCGACGAUGGAGUUCGGAUCAAUGUGUCUGAGUUUUACCCGACCCGAAGAUGGGAAACAGAUCAGUGUUGGUGAUGUCAGAUGAUUAGGGACCCACAUUUUGCCGCGUGAACACUGUAAUCUAUCAAAUGGCAUUUAGUAUUUAUAGGAGUAUCCGUUUUUUGUUUCCUUUUCUGCUCCCUUCCGAAUUCCGAUGAGCCAAUUGGAAAUUUUUUAAGUUUCCUUUAAGGAUAUCAGUAAAUACAUAUUUAACAAUUUCAUCU